AUGCCCUUCUCACAAAAUCCUCUUAAAAUUGUAUGUCGAAAUAAGCAAUUGAGCCGUCUCCAAUCCGCGAAUCGGAUUGAAUUUGUCUAUCUUCACCGUCCAAUGAUACUGAAUGCUUACAUGUGUUUUACAUUUCAUUUUCGUGCGUUUUGUCAUGCACUAUUACAGGUAAACCCUAUAGAGUACCAGUUGACGCGUACACGGGCCAACAAAGGCGGUGCUUGCUCGGCCCAGAUGGCGAUACGGCGCCACAAACAGGCGCAGACGACGGUGGCGUGUAUCAUCGGCUCGGGUCUGGCGUUGGCGUGCCUCGGUGCUUUAUUUGUCUUCCUUGGUACCGUGUACCGCGCCAAAAGCACGCCCUGGUUCGUCGCGGGCGGCACGUGUAUAUCAGUUGGUUUACUAGUUCUCCUCCUGUCUGUCGAAACUAUUCUUAAGUGUCGCCGGAGAGCGAGUCUGGACCGGAAGCUGGAGAGGACACGCAAGGACUCGGGGCCGGUGCGGCUAGUUCCUCGCAUAUCGACGAUGGCAACGGCAAGCACGUGCGGAGACAUCCAGACACAAUCGGAUCCCGGGAACUCGGCGGGGCCGGAAUCGCCCAUUCAUACGGCCAGCAAUCCCUGUCCGCUCCAACAGCGCAAUAUGCCAUACUCAGCGGCGCCAGCGCACAAUAUAAACAUCAGCAUUAGUAAUAUUAGAGCUUUACAUACGCUUAGUAUUAAGAGGUCGCAUAGUUCCCCAUCAUCCGUACGAUUGAACAAUCAUGAGGCAGUAGUUUAGCAUUGCCUAAAAGAUGCAGCCUCUAGGCACGACUGUCUUUCCGUGCUACAUCCGUAACAACAAGAGCACAGUCACUAUUGGAACGCCUGAUACUACUUCCAACUAACGUCAAUAAAGACGUAUUGCGGACGUAGAGGAAGGUGAUUUAUGCGGUAGAAACUUGCUGGAAUGAGUCGAUUAACCAGACAAUGAUCGGGAGCAGCUUUGCGGCAGCUCGUCAACACAUGCCCCUGACUCGGCCCGUGUACCUUACCACGUAAGAAAGGGCGUACUACUAGGAAGUGUUCGACGACCGUAGCAAAGAAGAGGGGUAGCACUGUUCAGCAUCCACAUGAUUAUCCAAAGCGUCUGCCGUUCAUCUAAAAGCUAGCAAACUCAGCCGGGCAGCGCGCCGGGAUGUCACCACUCUGCUCGGGAUUAGAGAAGCCUUCCUAAAUAAAGCUCCUGCAGUAGCAGAUCAACUUUACUACAGCAAUGUGGCAAAUUCGAGACUAACUGAGGUAGAACUUUUUUUUUUGAAGCUUGAUUUUGUGUACGUUUCAAACCUAUGCGUGCGAGAGGGUCAGUAUUGUCGCCUGCUUUGGUUGCUUACAGACAUCACGGUGACUCUCAUUCUCCUUAGCCCUGUUCCACGUUCGGGAUAUAGCCUAAAUCCGAUUGACACGCAGCUGAACCGGCAAUUUUUUUCGUGCCGAUACAAUAUUAUCUCCUGUAACUUAAUCACGUUUAGGCGCAAUCCCUUUAUUUUGCUUGUCUCAAUAUUCUUCGCCGAUUUCUGUAAUUCUGUAGUUGACACGAACUGACGAAAUCAUUUGUGCCUGUGGCUUUGGCUUGGUGUGCUAUAUAUAUAACACCACACAGAAACGUAGCUGGUUUAUUUUACUUUCCAAGACUCUCCCAUGUCUCGUCUGUGCCUCUUUUCUCAUAACAGAGUGAGGCUCUUUUGUUUAGGGCUCAUACAGGUUAAAAUUGACAUGCGUGGCAGUGCUGUAUUCUGUGCUCAUCGGAAAAAGGCUAGAAGCUUCAGGAACUUUUUGAGGGUGCUGGACUACGAUGAUGAUGAUGAUGAUGAUGAUAUUGAUAAAAUAUAAGAUGCCUUAUAUUUUUUGGGUUCUACGCCCGCUCUUUGAAGAACCGUUUGCCUCCAAGAUCUUCGUAUCCCUACAAUGACAAAUGUGUACACCGAUAGCUUGAUGUCCCAGUCGAAAUCUUUGCUUGCUUCGUCCACGCCUCUGUUAUCCUGAAUUGCGCCCAAGAAAGCCGUAUUGGGCAAAAAAGUUUUGUUCCCUGUAAACAUCUGCUAUCCAUCCUUCAUGAAUCUACACGAGCCCUACGUAUAACAGGAUAACCUUGACACUGCCUGCCACCGUUUUAUUGCUUGCCUAGCUUUGAAAAGGAUUAUUUGUCAAAGCAAAAACUCUCAUUUGCGAUCCAGUCCUAUCAACCUACUAUCACACGACUAUAUUUGUGUAGCUAUAUGUGUACGUAUCUGUGCAACGGAGAUAGAUAACACUAGAGAGCGAUACAGGUGAUUCCACCGUUCCUACAUGGGAAUGUGGUCAGAAGGUAACACGAUGGCGGAUGGUGAAAUGAUGAUAGUGUGACACUUCACGCAUGCAACAACACGGUUCGACAGGUUAAAAAAACGUUGGCUGACAAGGUGAUGGAGUGGCACCAAUAUUCCUAUAUUGCUACCUGUACUGCUGGCCACAGUCAAGCGCUCCUACUGUCAGGCAUAAAUACAUGCUUCAACGUAUAGACACAACGUAACGCAGCAUUGUGCUAUGCCAGUCGUUUCAAGCUCUCCCGUUUAGCUACUGCCGGCAAGCGAUGCGCCUUCGUUUGAUUCGAGCAAACGGCCACUCGAUCAUUCGUUUGAGACGUUUGCCACGGUCUUGCGAAACGUGACCUCGACCUUAAAACCGGGGCCUUAGACGGGGAUUUAGAAAUCUUGUUUAGCAACAAAUUUUUAUCGUUAACUAAGCUUUCAUUGCACAUCGAAAUUUCACCGUUCAGGGCAUGACCUGCAUCCAACCAUUACCACCGACCCGGCUAUAUCGGCUUACGCCUACAUCUUCUGACCUUGUUUCGUGCCCGAGCGGUUACUUAUUUCUGCUUUAGUAUUUUUUUAGCCGUGGAUAAAGAGUCGAACGGUACACCAUCCAUGCUUAAAAUUAGCCUAGAAUACCCCCAAUCCAACGCAAAUAAUAGCAAAAAAGCAAGACGUAACCCGUCGAGGCCGCUGGGCGCCGUUGUCUGCUGAAGGUUACGGACGACUGCGAAAGAAGAACCACAAAAAGAGGACCUAAAACGGAAAAUAGGAGACAGUCGGCUGCGGGUAACGAAAAGAAAUUCGAGAGUAUUAUGGCACGAAAACCCUGUCUCAAUACAGUGAGCGCCAAACAUCGGGUAAUAGAGUUUUUAUGAUGUAAACCAUAUCAACCCCUCCUUCUGGCCUGGCUUUACCCAAUCUCAACCAGUCCUCUCUGUCAUCGAUAUUAAGAGCAAAAAUUUAUAUCUUGCCCCCAACCCUAGGUGUAACCAGUCGGGCGUUAAGAGAGGAAAACAAACGGCGGGCAAAAUCGGUUUCGCUUUGGCCAUUUUGCCAGAAAUAGUUGACCUUUACUCCUACGUAAUAGACACGGAUGAAUAAGCAUAUCGCAGCUAAGCAACCUAAAUGUAUUAAACUAACGUUAUUGUUUUUAAUUAGAUUCAGAUUAGUGUUGUUAUAAGCAAGAAAUGACGGGAGAAAGGAAAAUUAAUGCGAAAAAUAAAGAAUGAAAGAAUAGUCUGUAGAUUAAAGAAAACUUGGAUGAAAUAUGCCCCUAGAAGUCUCCUAGAGGUCAAUUACCGCUUGAAUCGCCGUCACGUUUCAUAACCUUAUCGCAGCGUCUACGUAGAACAGAACUGUUUUUGGGUAAAGCAAGCAAAUUAACGCGGCUGUCUUCAAAAAUUUCAUCAACAACGUUUUCGUGAUGUACGUACGUAGAACUCGCCCGAAAUUGCUCUCUGUCGGCUCUAUUGUUAGAUACAUAAUACAUCUGUGUGUCUCUGUGUGUGUGAGUGUGAAUGUAUGCAGUUUCGGUGUAAUUCCGUCCACGGGACUCCGCACAUUUUUCGAGCAUUUUUGACGAGCACAUUUCUUACAUGAAGAGAGUCUUAAAAGUGCCGGACACCCGCAAAACACAUAGGUAUGGAUACAAAAUAUAUUGGAACUGUAAGUUGCAAUAAUCGGUUCUGCUAUUAUUUUAACUUGUGGUGUUACGCUGUUACUUGAGAACUGAGAACGUAUGGUCGCCGAUUCUUAAUUAGUAUCUAGAAAGCUUAUGGAAAACGUGUAUAACGUAACGUAACUAAAGCAACAUAACUAGCCGCACACAAUAAAGACGGCUGGUAUAUCUAUUUACCUGUAUUAAUGUUGGGUUCACCCAUAAUAGAAAGAAAAUAAUAGUAAUUGCAAAUGAUGCUCGGCCGAGGCUCUGUAUAAUAUAAUCAACUAAAAAUAUAUAAAGAUUGAAAGGUAUGUAAACAUAUGUAUAGAACAGUAACGGAGGGAAAUGAAAGACCAUAUGGCAGUUGUAGGUACGUACCGAAGAUGGCCACUAACCCAGCCGUAAUGAACUUCUUCUGCCACCUCAAAAGUAAAGGCUAUCCUGUUUAGCGCCGAAGUGCUACAUUCAUUGGAAGCGUAUAUUGAUUGAGAACAACGAUACAAACGGACAGGGAAACAUCCAAUUCAAAACAGAACAAACAGAUUUUCCCUCUUAUUGGACUGUUCAUAAAACAUGCGCGCUUUGCAUAGCCCAUACCAUUUAAACCGACAUAGAUUAUACUCCACAUUAAAUCUAUUCUGGUACAAGUUAUUCGACUGUAACUAACAAGAUCAAAACGAACUUUUGCCGUGAUAGUUAUCGGACUCACAUUUUCCAGGGCCGAUUUUCACCCCGUGUACACAAUUUGACACAGUGACCCACAUGAAUAUAUCGAAGAGGGAACAAUUUUUGUAAAUUUUGUAGACAAUAACAACAAUAAAUGAGAAACAAAAAUAAUGUCAUCUAAGCAGGCUCGAAUAACAGAGAAGUAUUUAGAAAAAAACAUUAAUAAUUACCUACACUAGAGCAACUAACAAUAUAUGUGCUAAGUAUGGCUGAUUAUUAUUAUAAACAAUUAUAAUCGAUAAUAAUAGUAAAUAUUAGUACAGUGGAGCCUACCUAUAGAUAUCACAGUAAGGAGGCAUCGAUUUGAAGAAAACACAAUACGAUCACAAUGCAAACUGAUGUUAAAUGUUGAUAGAAAUGAGAAAAACAUGAGUACCUACAGUUUCAACAGCGACAAAGGAGCACCUGCUCGGCAUGUACUUCUUACGGUCGUAACCUAGAUAAGCAACUGUACAACUCAACACUUCACCGUACCGAGCUAACAAUCACUCUAGUUACUACUGCACCAGCGAUGAUACUUCGACAAAAUGAAGACUAAAUAUUUGACAGCGGCAAAACAAACCAUAAACAGAAUGAGAAGCAGAACACCCUGAUACAAACUGUGCAUCAGUGUCUUCAGGAACUACACUAUUCUAAAUAACAAUGAUAACACCUUGUGCUGCUGAUAAUAUAGAGGGGGCGCUUUAAGUGGCUGAAAAUGAUGAUUAUAUUUAUAUUGAUUGUGAUUAUUAGCGAGAUGCGCUGUAUGUACUUGUGCUGAGCGUGACGAGGCUUCUUUUUUUUUAUGGCAAUGGCGAUAACGAGAUAGAGAUAACCGUACGCUAUUUUUUUUUUCGUUUACUUACGUCAGACAAAGAUACUCUUGCCGAUAUUCUAACGUUCAAUAUAAAAGUCUAGAUUUUUCCUAUUCUAACCACAGAAGUGUCGCUUUGCUUUGUUCCGAGAUAGUGAUCAUUGUUUCCUAGGAUCGGGCAUUAAUGUCAAACAGAAGAAAACUUGAACUGUUUUGUUCAGAGGAUUACGCCAGAAUAGUACUAUAUGCACCUUUAUCUGAUUUAAAAAGAUAAAUACACUUUAUUUGUUACCAUGGCAAAACAACGAUAUGAGUUUAUGCUUGUCAGACGCUCUAGCUGUUGAAUCUGCAAAAUCGUUGCACUUUCAAGAGGUAUUGGGUCCUAGUCCUAGCUAUUAUCGAAAAACAGUUGUAUGUAUCUCUAAGCCUAUAAUCUCCGUUUAAUUCUCAGUAAAAUAUUACUAACAGUAGUAAACUAAGCUCUCGAAAUUAAUAGGGCAAAGCGACGUCCCACCAAUUCCCAAAGCGCUAACGUGAGACCGGUAAGGAUAGAGAUAUUGACUAUAUUAGUUCCCGUUAGUCCGCAAACCAUUAAAGUGAUCUUGCGUUUUUUGCACCAUGACAACUACGUACAUACUCUAUGUAGCGCACGCGAUACACGUACUCUAUACAGGUUACCUAUCACUGAAAGACUGUUUGUUAUCAGCAUCGAAUAUCGAUCACCACAAACGCCCGACGCUAAUAUAUAUAUAUAUACAUAUAUCGUUGUGAGGUAGAGCUGUUCAUUCUGGUGAAGUCGCCUAUUGUCGACUAUUGUGCUACUACACCGAAAUUCGAUGAACUUUGACUAUUGCUGAAUGGGGUCUCUAGGUUACAUCAGCAGCCUCCGCAUAUCUCGUUUUGUUUGUCAUAGACCAGAAGAGUUCGUUGUCAUCUGCAACAUAUCAAACCGUUAACGGUUAUGACCGUCCAGAGGAUAAACGUGAACGUUGUAUAUAGAUCUAGUACAUAUGAUACGAGUAUAUUAAACACAAAGAAUUUAUUGGAAAAAAUUUAUACGAGGGCACAUAUAAACAGGUUACACAUUUGACGCAUACGCACAUGGCUACAUAUAUCGUAACUGCGCGAUAUGAUACAAUAGUUAAGAACACAGCAUUAGCUCUAGCGUUAAAAUUAGGAUAAAGGCUAACUAACAUUGGUCUUAAUCAUUACCAGUGCGCAUGCCUUUUGCCUAUCCCUUGAUAAGACACCCAGAACUUCACAUUCCUCAGAAAAAACAGCUAUUGCUCUGUGAAGUGCCUUACACGGCAACGAAAACAAAAUAGGAUUUAAACGACCUUAGGUCACUAUUGAGCUCCACUGCGUACCGGCAGUUGAUUUCUCACGUCCUGAAGACCUUGGUCCUCCCUCAGCUUUCACGGUCGCGUUGAGUGCUAGAACAAAAUCGAAGUAGGAAGUGAAGCUCUUCCGUCGUAGCUACCUGGUCCGGUUCAGCUUUUUGUUCUUGAAAAUAGCUAGGAAUAGGAAUGCUAUUGGUUCAUAUAGCCGCUCCGCAAAGAGCUGUCCAAUGUCCUCGAACACCGUUCAGUUUGGCAUUCGAAGUUGACAGCAACAACACCAUGGCAGUAACUUGUCCAGAUCAUUAUUCUGAUGGUGGGACAGGCCUUGGUCACGUUUCGCCCCCUUUCCUUUCCUUUCCUCGUUGUAGUUUACCAAUCUCCUCUCAUCAAACAGUCAUGUCUUUCUUGGUCAAUCCAAAGGACCUGCUGUAUUCCCUUAUAUUUUUUGGUGAACAUGAGCGGACACAUUCAUUGCUAGAUAGACCAUUAGCUUUUUCGAUAGGACACACAGGCCAAGCAGAGCCAGUUUAGCCGGUCGGUCAGCAGGACAUUAUCUAUCGAGUCAGAUAAUCAGUCGUUCGUACAGCAUAAAGUACCUUUAUUUUUAGCUCCUGCCGUGCUAUUGUUGAUGUACCUAGAGCGCUCGUGCUGCAGCCGCGGCUGGCCUUGUUAACAUUAUCAUAGAUACAACGUUAUCGAACAGAACACAUUCAUAUAGCAUAAAACAAAUAUUGCCUCCCGUUAGCGUGUGGUCGGCCUGUGACAAAAAAGCCUUUAUCAUCUUACGGCCAAAAGAAUACCUGAGAAGCGGAUAAUAUAGCGGCAAGAUUGCAUAUGUGGCAAGAAGAUCCGAUAACGUGACCGACGUGAUUAAAUUAGGUAAGUUUGAAGGCGUAAAAAAAGUAAACAUUAUGGGAGCAUCGUGAAUUAGAUAAAUGAAGAGGAAAACUACAUGGAGUCUCUACUAUUUAAUCAAAGCUGUACAAUUAAGCAUUGCUUGCUUCGCUUAUAUGAAUCAAUGUAUUAUACAGAAUGUCAUAGCAAUGCUUAUCCAGACUAUACUGCCGUCGUUGCAGUUUCUUAUAGCGAAGACUUCAUAUACAAGUCCAUGUACAUUCAUCAGCAUAUAUAUAUAUAUAUAUAUGUUGCUAAAUAUAUUUCUGCUUUAUAUCCAUCUAUUUAUAGCGCUAUUACUUAAUCAACAAAAAAACACCUGGUGACUUAUUCAUUUCUGGGCUAUACAGUAUAUAGUAGAGCCGGAUUUUAGAAAACGAAAGAAAUAUCAAUAAUUCCAUGUUAAUAAUGUUCAGGAAGUAAAGCGUUCUAAGACAAUGGUUAUGAUAAAACCAAUUAUAGCGAUACGUGAAGACAAAGGACAAGAGUCUGAAAACGAGUGAGAGAUAAUAAACAGUACGAUAAAAAAUCUAGCUGUAGGGCUACUAGGCCGAUUCUAGUCUGUCCGUGGCCUAAUGAAAGAGAAUAUAGACGAGUGAAUCUAGCGUUGGUGUGGACGUGCUCGUGGACUUAAACAAAUCUAUACGGUCUGCCAUCACGCGAAAUUAGGCUGCAUUUUAGUCAAUGGCGAACAAUGAUACUGCAAUAAUUGAAUAGUGACAAAAGAUAUUAUUAUGAUUUUCCGUGAGAUACUUCUACUAUACGUCCCCGCGACACAACAAAACCCCAUAUAGGCGUCAGUAACAACAACGGAAGUUAAGUGUUACGCAGCCAUGAUUCCGACCGAAUGAAACAGAUUCGUUCAGAAGAAAUAGUAGAUAUAUGUGUGUUUGUUGUUUUUCAUCCCCGACACUGAAAAAAUGAACAAAAGGAAACUUGUCCGCAAGUUAUAGACGCAACCACACCAUUAAGCAGUUCUGUACGAUGAGAAAAGAGUAAAGAAACGGAAAUAUCAUACACAGCUCGAGACCGGGUCUUAUAUAGAUCGAGUGUAACGAGACAUGAAAAUGAGAUGAAAACUUAGUAAUAUUAUAAAUAAUAUUACUGAUAAUAAAAGGAUGGCCAUAAAAUGAUGAUGGUGAUAAUAGGGUAAACAUGAAAUAGGAAAAACCUCUUUGAAUUACGUGCGGUACUGCACAAUACGAGGUAGCCAUUUGUGUAACUUGGUAUAUAAACAUCUUCAUUAACUAAAUAAAAAGCGUAAAAACUACUACGAUUUUUUGCAUAGGCUCUAUCUAUUUAUGUAAAUUGACAAAAAAAAAUCUAGUUUUUACUUUUUUUAAUAUUUAAAGAACAUAGCUUAUUAUCAUUUAGUUAUUAAAUAUCUAUUAAUGGGUAAAUAUCUCUUACUAUAAAUGCAAAACUUCUUUUCAUAGAAUCGCUCGGGGAUGGAUAAUACCAAGCGUGGAAGAAUUAUUAAUAUGUAAGUAUAAAUAGAUGAAAUAGGCAAUAUAUUGGAGAAAACGAGAGAGCUGGCUGGCUGGCUUGUCUUGUUCAAAAUCAUCUACCUACAGAAGCAUCUUAGGAAAAGUGUGAACAAAAGAAGAAGGAUUACGGUGUCACUGGCAGAAUCUAGG